CUGUAGAAGCCAUCAGCAGCCACCAGAGGACUAGUUGACAUAUCCCACCCCAUCUCCCAGCAGCGCAACCACAACCCCCCCGAACUCAUUAUCUCCACAUCACCAAUCAUGAAGCCUGCGGCUGUUAUCCUCUCCUGCCUGGCGGGCGUCUCCUUCGGGUUCCCCGCCCCACAAGGCGAUGACGUGACCACCUUUCCGGCGCUCCCCCUCCCAACGGGGACCGGCGUCCUCUCACUCCCUGUACCAACGGGGACCGGCGUCCUCUCACUUCCCGUACCAACGGGGACCAGCCUCCCCGCCCCCCCAGCCGGUCUUCCGGCGACCCCCGACUCGUCGUCGUGCUCGACGCUCGCGAAGCGGCAGGCAGCAGUCCUCCCCGACCUCCCGGGGCUGGACAGCCUCCAGGAGCUCCAAACCCUAGUCUCCACCGUCCUAGCCCUCGUGUCAAACAUCAACUGUCUCCUGCAGGGCGUCACCACCACCGGCGGAGGCGCCGCCACCACGGCCAAUCGCGCCUCCGCCUCGGCCGUCAUGCCCGAGCUCAGGAGCAAGAUCAGCGAUCUCAGCAAGGCCCUCGCCAGCCUUCCGGCGGCCACAGAUCCCCUGUCCACCGGCACGAUCGACCCCACCCAGGCAGCGUCGGCGCUCUCCCUGAUCGGACAGCUGUUCUCGGCUACUGCGUCCCUGGCGGCGAGUCUGCUCCAAGCCAGUGGUUCCUUUACUGGACUUCUCGGUGAUGCGUCCGGCGGUCUCAUCGAUGGUGUUGGUGAUGGUGUCGCCGAUGGCGCUGGCGGUGUCGCCGGUGGCCUCGGCGACCUCGCCGGCGGCCUCGGCGGUUUCGCUGGUCUCUUUGCUCCCCUUACUAGCCUCCUUGGGCCCAUUACUAACCUCCUUGGCCCGCUGCUCGGUGGCCUUGGUGGCGUGGGCCUCCUCUAGUCCUGAGGAUAGACACUGCGCAAUAUCCAGAAGUUAGACUGGAAGGGGAAGGGGAUGGAAAGGAAGGGGUUACGAAGUUCACUGUAGUGAAUCCUAAUGUUGCUAUGGAUGGUGAGAGUGCGAAGUUUGGGACGUUUACCUGCCAGAUUGAGAGACUUUGAGAGACUUGUCAGUUAUGAUUAAGAUUGAUGAUCCAAGAUCUUGCGUUGCAGUGUAUUACCUACCUUUUACGAAAUCAGCCCCAAGUCUGUUCACAUGUUUCUACGUUACCAAAUGCGUCCAAGAAAGCCCCAAGAAACAGGGGAUGAACAACAUACUCUACGAGAAAAGACUCUAUCAUGAGAGAUUCAUGAGAGGUUGAAAACGCCUGUAGUUGUCAGCGGAAGGGAAACACAAGGAAGGAAAACUUGCCACGCCUGCUUGACCACCUGCAGCAACGUAGGUGGCUAUCAUUAUGC